AAGACCUCAAAGGUCUCUUCUUCAGGUGAAAGUAGGAAAAAAAGGGAAACCAUGAUGUCACUGCAUAUUGUGAUGUCAUCCCUUUCCACCCAUGGCAGCAUGUUUCAGUGACAUCAUUGUUUGAUAUUACUGGACCCAUGCAGUUCAAAUGGUGUGACAUAAGGCUUAUCACAUUCUCCAGCUAAAAGUAUGACUCCUGGACUUGUGCGUCCACUUUAUUUCAUCCCCAGCUCAGGGUAAAAAAAUCUUUGUGCGGCAGAAACCCCUUAGUUCAGUUAUUAUAGGAAACAGAACAGGAAGGGAAAGAUAAAUCAAACUAUCAAACUAGAAUAACUCAUUAUUUUUUUUACAACAUGUAUUUUAGGAAAGUAUAAAGCAAGACCCUUGUAAGUGAGGUUAGGGAGCUUGGCAAUGGACACCUACUGAUGUGCUUUAGUCUGCUGAAGACAGUUGUUUGUACAGUAACGAGCGCUAUGGAUACUGGCUGCAGCCCAGUCCUGGUAUGCAGGUGACGAUGUGAUGUCAUAAUGUAAACACUGCUGGUCUUUGCGGUAACUUUCAAAGCUGUAAAGUCACUCAGACCGUUUUUAUAAUGUAUGUUUAGGGCGCUGAAGAAAAUGAUUCCAGUUUUUAAACUAAUAAUAUUGUCCUUGUUAAUCCAGCACAGUCACACAGGUAAGUUAUUUCUAUUUAACAACAUUUCUUUUUCCGAAAUGUAAAUAGAUGUCAGUAAAAUGUUUCACAUGUUAAAAUGUAAAUUAGGGCGUUUCAGUUAUAAUGCCAUGGUGGUACGAGUGGCUGUGAAAAGAUAAUGAUUUCAACAUUAGAAUGCUGUGGUGGGGACAAGACCAUCUAUUAUUUGUUAUUGCAGUCUAAUAAUCUGUAUUUCUCCAAGGUUCCUGUGUUUGAGGUAUUUGGAAAGGCACAUUUUUAAAGUGUCCACUUGUCGGAAUCUUGCUCACUGCCCAAUCAUCCCAAGGCCCCUGCCCCCUGGUGUUAAGGCUUCACCACAACCAUGUCAAGGAGCAGAAUCUUCACUUGACCAGGGAACUGGGCCGCCUUCAUGUUCUUGGAAGCGUAAAACACAUUUGUCUCAUAACCAAGCCACCCAUGCAGUAAUAGUGCAUAGAGACAGUGGGAUAUGAUAUGGCUAACUGAACCCUCCAUGCUUCCAAACAACAUUCCAUGGCCUCUUGGGGGGCACUUAUUCAACAAGGCUACACAAUUUUUAGCUAGGCAAUCAGAUGCUUUUCUACAGAAUGUAACUGUAGCCUACAUUGCAAGUGACUUGUGUUUCAACUAUGGGUGCCUGAACUCAAUGAAGUUUACAAGAGCUGUGGGGGAGGGGGUGUAUGCUACUGACAUACUUGUUAUACAGUUAACCUGUUCUGUGUUUUUUGUAGCUUGUGGAGUUAGACCACUUUACAAUGGCUCUCAUGCAGUACAUUCGCGCAUAGUUGGCGGCUUGGACGCUGAACCUGGGGAGUUCCCAUGGCAAGUGAGCCUCAUAAUGGGUUCACAUUUUUGCGGUGCAUCGAUUCUUAGUCCCAUAUGGCUUAUAUCUGCUGCCCACUGUUUUCCACGACUUACAAAAGUUGUCUUGAGAGUUGGUACCAACAACUGGAAGGGUGGUGGAACCAGGCAUUCAGCAGAAGCCUUUAGACAUGAACAGUAUAAUGAUAAAAGUCAAGAUAAUGACAUUGCUUUACUGAAGGUUGACCCACCGAUUGAACUAAGAGACAGGGCAAUGCCCAUAUGUAUCCCUCUGGAGAGUUAUUUUAAUAAUGAAAACUAUGAAGACUGUUGGGUUACUGGAUGGGGUAAAACAGACUUUAGUGGCAAAAACAUUCCUGACCGUCUUCAGAAAGUGAAAAUGCCCAUUAUUAAUUGGGACUUAUGUAAAAAAUGGAUCAGAAUGAUCAAUGAAAACAUGCUGUGUGCAGGCUAUGAAAAAGGGGGUAGAGAUUCUUGCCAGUUGAGGCUUUGUUUCCAUUGGACACAUUAUUCAAACAUCACAGACUUCCACUGCCAACCACGGGUUACCAAACGAAGCUCAAAUACAAUAAAACCGAAAGGAAGCACUCAUGGAACGCAAUGA